UCCCGCUCCUCUACCAAUUUAUAAACCACUUUCUUCUCAAACCCUAAGAUAUUCCAUCUCUUCAAAUAUUUUACACUAUCAUUUCAGUCGCUCACUUCUAGAAGAUCAAUCAUACUCUCUGCACAGAAACAAUGGAGUUUUGGGGUACUGAGGUCAAAAGUGGGGAGCCUCUAGUGAUUGAAAUUGGUGGUGACUUCAUCUUGCAUCUUUCACAGGCUUGUCUAGGCGAGGUGAAGAAGGAUAAAGGAAAUGAAUCUGUUUUCCUUUAUGCGAAGAUUAAUGAUAAGAAACAUGUUCUUGGAAUGCUUUCUCCUGAAAAGUUUCCUCAGAUAUCUUUUGACUUGGUGUUUGAUAAAGAUGUUGAGCUAUCCCAUAAUUGGAAAAAUGGAAGUGUAUACUUCAGUGGUUAUAAGAUUGCUCAAGCUGAAAGUGACGAUGAUUCUGAGCCCUUGUUUGAAAUUGAAGAGGAUCUUCCAGUUGCUACCAAUAAUGGGAAGCCUGAGUCUGAGUCUAAGAAAACAAAGCCUCUCAUGGAAAAGACUAAACCUAAUUCCAAUGAGCCUAAGCAAAAGGUGAAAAUCAUAGAGCCGCACAAAGAUGACAAACCUAAUGAAGAGACAGAUGAGAGUAGUGAUGAUUCUUCUGAUGAUGAUGAAUCCAGUGAUGAUCAGGGCAUGACAGCCAAAGGUGAGGAUGAAGAGGAUGACGAAAGUGAUGAUGAGGACGAUGAAAGUGAUGAUGAGGAUGAGGAAGAACCAACAAGAUUGAAGGCUGAACAAGGGAAGAAGAGGUCUGCAGAACCUGCUAAAAAAAUCCCCAUUCCUGAUAAGAAGGCCAAAUUGGUUACUCCACAAAAGACUGAUGGGAAGAAAGUGGUUGGUCACGUGGCAACUCCUCACCCUUCAAAACAAAUUGUAAAGACUCCUGCUAACAAGGACCAGAAAAAGGAGCAGACUCUGAAAUCUUUUGCGUGUGCAUCUUGCAAUAGGUCAUUUGGCUCUGAAGUUGCUUUACAAUCUCAUACGAAGGCCAAGCACAGUGCUGCACAGUGAGGGACGGAGGUGUAUUGAUUUGAUGUUUUUGUGUUUGUCACAUAAGAGACUGUUAGAUCUAGUAAAUUUCGAAGGAAAGAUUAGUAUAGUAUAUUUUUAGUUAAGCUUUGUUAGGUAUCUUUUGUGGAUCGCAACUGUAUGGUCAACACAUGUUGGAUGAUGACAUGAAUUGGUGUCAAUGUAUUGUUGUGUUGCAUUUGUUGGCUAUAGCUGAAAUCUGAAAUCAAGUGCCCUGUUGUCUUGUUUCA